UCAAUCCUCAAAAAGAAAAAAAUCUCAAAAAAAAAAGAAAAAAGAAAAACCCUAACCGGCAUUGCCCUGUCGCCAGUCCCCUCCCGUCGUCGGUCGUCCCAAUGCUGUCCGCCGGCCGCCGCCGUCUCUGCCUCUUCCCCUUCCCCUUCCCUCUCCGCCACUUCACUGCGGCCGUUUCCACCACCACCACCACCACCUCCGACGCUGCCGCUGCCGACCCCACUGUGUUCUACCUCGAAUCCACCUGCGCGCUCUCCCCCGCCGCCGCCGCCCGCGCUGCGGACUCCAUCCGCCUCGCCUCCCUGGAGUCCACCGCGCAGGCCGACGCCGUCCUCGACCUCCUCCGCCGGUAUGGCUUCACCGACGCCGAGAUAUCCACCACCGUCCGCAAGUUCCCCAUCGUCCUGGUCUCCGACCCCGUCAAGACACUCCAGCCCAAGCUCGACUUCCUCGCCUCCGUCGGCAUCAACGCGCCGCUCCUCCCCAGGCUCGUCUCCCUCAGCCCCGUUGUCCUCCACCGGAGCAUCCAGGACCACCUCGCCCCGCUCUUCGAAUCUCUCCGCGAGCUCCUCGGCUCCAAUGCCCGCGUCGUCACCGCGCUCCGCCAGAUGCCGUUCGUUGUCCGCUGCAGCCCCAACAGUACCCUCAACCUCGUGCUCCCCGCACUAAGAGAUGUCCACGGCUUGCCCCCGGAGGACGUCUCCAAGCUCGUCGCCGUCCACCCUGGCGUCAUCAUGCAGGGCCCCCACCGCUUGGCCGAGAUCGUCCGGGCCGUCAAGGACGUCGGCAUGGAACCCGGUGAGCCCAUGUUCGUCAACACAUUUGCCAUCAUUUCCAAGAUGAAGACCCCCACACUGGAGAGGAAGUAUGCACUCUACCAGAGCCUUGGCUUCGAGAAGGACAAUGUUGCCUUAAUGUUGCGGCGGUGCCCACUCAUGAUGGCUAUCUCAGAGAAGAAGAUGAAGGAAAAUGUCGGAUUCUUGGUCGGAAAGGCGGGUCUGAGCCUGGAAGAUAUCGUGGCCAAUCCGAGCAUGCUGGUGCGGAGCUUGGAGAGCCAUCGCAGGAGGUGUGCGGUGCUCACACUGCUGAGGAAGGAAGGGAAGCCAGAGGGGAAUCAUCAGCUGCGCAAGGUCCUCGUGGCUAAAAUGAAACGGUUCUUGCAGGUGUAUGUGCAGCCACACCAAAACGAGAUCCCUGAUGUCGUCCGGGCUCUCAACGGAGAGAUCCCUUUCGAGGGCUUCAGUGUGUUGGAAUAGCCACAGCCGCCCAGGAAGAUGAGCCUUUGAUGUCAUCGGCCUAUGCAAUUCUUGGUGGGAUCUGCUUAGGCAGUUUUCUGAAGAUUAUGUUGCUUGGCCAAUGUUUGUUCUUGGUAGGAUUUGCUUAGGCAGCUUUCUCAAUAUUGGUGUUGCUCUUGCAACAAGACUGCCAAGGAGUAUGGUUAUGCAAGAACAGAUUUUGAGCUACUGGGUGGUCAUCAAAGCUUGUAGUGUAAUAAAACAUUAACUGGAAGCUAACUUGUUGAGCAAUGAUCAUUGGUAAUUCUAAUUUCAGGCCUCAGAAUGUGUAACAUGAAUUGAACAUGGAUGUUCCUCAUUAAUGAACAGUCAUUUGGAUGCGGUGAGGCCAUAACAUUUUACUCUUUUAUUUUUUGACAUAUUUGCACAACACUCAUUGAAAUCUUGUUCUUGCCUGGCUGAAUUUGAUCUCGAGUGGUUGAUGUGGAACAUGAGGAUGAAAUCAAAGGGAGUCCACAUUUUCAGCCUGCCAAAGACAACCCAUUUGUAAGAACAUGGUAAAUUUUGUGUAAUUCUGUCUCUAUUUUUAUAUGGUACACCCUUCUGUUCAUAAAUAUAAGACGUUUUGGCAGUCUAAAUUGAACUGCCAAAACGUCUUAUCUUUAUAAACAGAGGUAGUACGUCUGAAGACAGCACCCUGUAAGAAUACCAAAGUUGGUAUCCAGCAAAUAGUGUAGUACUCCCUCCGUUCCUAAAUAUAGGUCUUUGGAGAGAUUCCACUAUGAACCACAUACGGAUGUAUGUAGAUGCAUUUUGGAGUGUAGAUUCACUCAUUUUGCUACGUAUGUAGUCCAUAGUAAAAUCUCUACAAAGACUUAUAUUUAGGAACGGAGGGAGUACAUGUUUGUCUGCUUCUGCAUUACUGCAUGCAGUCGAGCAAUUUUGUUUCUUGACCGGUAACAAAGUACGAAAAGAUCCUAGUGUGUGUAUAGUUGAGCAAAUACAGGAAAAGAAGAAGGUAAACUAGUGAAGAUUGACCUGGUUCAGCCAAGAGGAAGAACCAAGAGCUUAGAAUGGUUGGCAGUAGACGCCUGCACUAAACUGGAAUUUGCCUUAUUAAUGCCUUAUCAAUGCCCAGUUGUGCCAUCUCUCCUGAAUGAGCUUCCAGAACUUACCUUGAAUCAAAUUUAACCGGAUACCUGUGAUGUUAGAUAACAGUCGAAUAGGCAAACUAGAUACCAGAAUUGGCAGUCGGUUCAGGCCCCAUGCUCAAAUUCAUGUUAGUGCGGUGGAGAAACGAGGCUUCCUCUUGUGGUGGAAUGGGAAACCUCCACCACCUGGGCGACUGGUGGUCGGUGGAGCUUGUUCAGGAGGAACGGUGGCAUGAGAUGGAAGGCCGUGGCCCUGUGCUUGUGGAAUGUGGACGCAGGCGCGUAUUGGCACCAGGAUCAGGACUUGGAUUAUUGCUGAUAUGGAAGGAAGGAAAAAACUGAGGGAAAUCUGUAACACCUUUUUGACACUAGCGUCGACGCUCGAGAUGCUGAGGCAAGUUUUUGUGAAGCAGCUAGCGAGCCCAAGGGAACAGAACAAACGGAUAUAAUAAGAGGUAAACGGCUGAUAUGUUCUCCAGAAAACCAACUUGUUUACUGGGUCGUCCACUGAACCGAGGCGCGAGGAAUCAUUCUCUGCGCCUCCAGCUAAUGGCAAGCGGAUCAUCUAACUGCACACAAGAGGCCUUGCGCGUCAGGAAGUUCGGAGUAUACAUCUAGAGCUUUUAGCAUGUCGAAUUCCUCCAAGUGGUUGCUCUGCGUUUCAUUUGAAAUGAGAAUUGAAAGGGCCCUGGUCCUGGAGGCUUUUGAUCUGAGAAAUGGAAUUCUUCCAAGUUC